GAACGUGGACCUGUUGGUCCUCCUGGAGGUCCUGGUGAGCAUAGUCCUGUCGGUAUGAUGGGAGCUGACGGUCCUUCGAGUCCAUCUGGUCCUAAAGGUGACAAGGGUCAUGCUGGGCCUUCAGGUCUAGUGGGUUUGCCCGGUCAACGAGGCAAACCUGGUCUGUCUGGCGAGAAAGGUGAACGUGGAACUCAGGGCCCGAUUGGUCCCGAAGUUCCUGCUAGUAAACAAGGUGAACGUGGUCUGCAAGGUAUCAUGGGUCCUCCCGAAACUCCUGGAGAGCUGGCGGAACGCGGUGACACUGGGCCACUGGUCAAACACGUCCACAAAACACUCUGCUUAUUUGAAACGCAGCCGCACGCGGAAUUUGUUUUCCAUUCAAAUUACAAACUUGUAAGAAUCGGUCGGAAAUGUCCCUGUCUCUACACAAGACAACACACAUAACAAAGGUGUAAAAAAAAAAAAUCUGCUGCGUUUGUUAGGUCGGUGACCGUGUCGAUGUAUCACCUGU